AUGCAUUCCGUCGCACCCCGUCUGCUCUCCAGAGCUUCUGCUUCUUCUUCUUCUAUUCGUUCUAAUGUCUUGAUCUCCUCGCGACCUUCUUUCCGUCUUCAGCAGCGAUUCCCGGCGCGUCGCUUUUACUCCUCCGAGCCUCCUAAGAAGUCUUCCGGCAUCAAGUUCUGGCCAUUCCUCGUCGUCAUUGGUGGUGGUAGUUUAGCCUACAAGUUUCUUGUCGACCAGAGAGCAGAAAUGGCCGCUCUUCCCGCUCCCUCAUCCAAUGCCGCCCUCCCCUCCCCUCAAAAGUCCACGCCGACUUUCUCCCCCGACGACGUCACCGUCCUCUUCGUCCUUGGCGGCCCCGGCGCCGGCAAGGGCACCCAAUGCGCCAAGCUGGUUUCCGACUACGGCUUCACUCACCUCUCCGCCGGUGACCUCCUCCGCGCUGAGCAGGACCGCCCCGGCUCGCAGUUCGGGCAGCUUAUCAAGGAUUAUAUCAAGGACGGUCUCAUCGUGCCCAUGGAAGUGACUGUUCAGCUCCUCGAGAACGCCAUGACCGAGACCAUCCAGAAGCAGGGCAACAAGCGCUUCCUCAUUGACGGCUUCCCGCGUAAGAUGGACCAGGCCAUCAAGUUCGAGGAGACCGUCUGCCCUGCCAAAUUCGUCCUCUUCUACGACUGCCCCGAGAGUGUCAUGGAGAGCCGCCUGCUCGAACGUGGCAAGACGAGCGGCCGCACCGACGACAACGCCGAAAGCAUCCGCAAGCGCUUCCGCACGUUUGUCGAGACCAGCAUGCCCGUGGUGGACUACUUCGAGAAGCAAGGCCGCGUUGUCAAGCUCGAUGCUACCCCCCCACCGCAGGAUGUCUACGCCAAGACCCGCGCGGAACUUAACAAGCGUCUGGGUCUGUAG